GUGUCCAGCGGUGUCCGUGUGUCCGGCACUGACCUACCUGGUGUCCAGGGGGCCAUGGGACUGAGUCUGUGUGUCUGUCGGUGUCUGUGUGUCCAUCGGUGUCCGUGUGUCCGGCACUGACCCACCGGGUGUCCAGGGAGCCGAGGGACUGGGUCUGUGUGUCUGUCGGUGUCCGUGUGUCCAUCGGCGUCCGUGUGUCCGGCACUGACCCACCGGGUGUCCAGGGAGCCGAGGGACUGGGUCUGUGUUUCCAGUGGUGUCUGUGUGUCCAGCAGUGUCCGUGUGUCCAUCGGUGUCCGUGUGUCCGGCACUGGCCCACCUGGUGUCCAGGGAGCCGUGGGCCGUGUCUGUGUGUCCGUCGGUGUCCGUGUGUCUGUCGGUGUCCGUGUGUCCAGCACUGACCCACCUGGUGUCCAGGGAGCCGUGGGCCGUGUCCGUGUGUCCGUCGGUGUCCGUGUGUCCGGCACUGACCCACUCUGUGUCCAGGGAGCCACGGGCCGUGUCCGUGUGUCCCUCAGUGUCCGUGUGUCUGGCACUGACUGGGGUUGUAUCCGUGUGUCCGUUGGUGUCCGUGUGUCCAGCACUGACCGCUCUGUGUCCAGGGACCUGCAGGGCCAUGUCUGUCUGUCCGUCAGUCCGAGGAGCAGCAGGACCGUGUCCAUGUGUCCAUCAGUGUCCGUGUGUCCGGCACUGACCCACCUGGUGUCCAGGGAGCCGUAGGACUGGGUCUGUGUGUCCAUCAGUGUCUGUGUGUCCGGCACUGACUGGGGCCGUGUCCGUGUGUCCAUCAGUGUCUGUGUGUCCGGCACUGACUGGGGCCGUGUCCGUGUGUCCAUUGGUGUCCGUGUGUCCGGCACUGACUGGGGCCGUGUCCGUGUGUCCGUCAGUGUCCAGCACUGACCCGCUCUGUGUCCAUAGACCUUCAGGGCCUUGUCCGUCUGUCCGUUGGUGCCGGUGCUGACCCAUCCCUGUGUCCAGGAAGCCGUGGGGCCGUGUCCGUGUGUCCGUCGGUGUCCGUGUGUCCGGCACUGACCGGGGUGCUGGGGCCGCGUCCGUGUGUCCAGAGACCUGUGGGGCCGUGUCCGUGUGUCCAUCGGUGUCCGUGUGUCCGGCACUGACCGGGGUGCUGGGGCCGCGUCCGUGUGUCCAGAGACCUGUGGGGCCGUGUCCGUGUGUCCGUCGGUGUCCGUGUGUCCGGCACUGACCGGGGUGCUGGGGCCGCGUCCGUGUGUCCAGAGACCUGUGGGGCCGUGUCCGUGUGUCCGUCGGUGUCCGUGUGUCCAGCACUGACCUGCUCUGUGCCCAGAGACCUGCAGGGCCCUGUCCAUCUGUCCGUCAGUCCGAGAAGCAUCAGGGCCAUGUCUGUCGGUGUCUGUCGGUGUCCGUCUGUCCGGCACUGACCCACUCUGUGCCCAGGGUCCCGUGGGGCCGUGUCCAUGAAUCCGUGUGCCCACCCCUGACCCGUGCUGUGUCCAGGGGCCAUGUCCGUGUGUCCCUGUGUCCGUGUGCCCAUCCCUGACCCGUGCUGUGUCCAGGAGCUGUGUCCGUGUGUCCCUCUGUCCACAUACCCACCCCUGACCCGUGCUGUGUCCAGGGGCCGUGUCCGUGUGUCCCUGUGUCCGUGUGCCCAUCCCUGACCCGUGCUGUGUCCAGGGGCCUUGUCCAUGUGUCCCUCUGUCCACAUACCCACCCCUGACCCGUGCUGUGUCCAGGAGCCGUGUCCGUGUGUCCCUCUGUCCACAUGCCCACCCCUGACCCGUGCUGUGUCCAGGAGCCGUGUCCGUGUGUCCCUCUGUCCGCGUGCCCACCCCUGACCCGUGCUGUGUCCAGGGGCCGUGUCCGUGUGUCCCUCUGUCCACAUACCCACCCCUGACCCGUGCUGUGUCCAGGGGCCGUGUCCGUGUGUCCCUGUGUCCGUGUGCCCAUCCCUGACCCGUGCUGUGUCCAGGAGCCGUGUCCGUGUGUCCCUGUGUCCAUACACCCACCCCUGACCCGUGCUGUGUCCAGGAGCUGUGUCCGUGUGUCCCUGUGUCCGUGUGCCCACCCCUGACCCGUGCUGUGUCCAGGAGCCGUGUCCGUGUGUCCCUGUGUCCACGUGCCCACCACUGACCCGUGCUGUGUCCAGGGGCCGUGUCCGUGUGUCCCUCUGUCCAUGUACCCACCACUGACCCGUGCUGUGUCCAGGAGCCGUGUCCGUGUGUCCCUGUGUCCGUGUGCCCACCCCUGACCCGUGCUGUGUCCAGGAGCCGUGUCCGUGUGUCCCUCUGUCCGCGUGCCCACCCCUGACCCGUGCUGUGUCCAGGAGCCGUGUCCGUGUGUCCCUCUGUCCACAUGCCCACCCCUGACCCGUGCUGUGUCCAGGAGCCGUGUCCGUGUGUCCCUGUGUCCGUGUGCCCACCCCUGACCCGUGCUGUGUCCAGGAGCUGUGUCCGUGUGUCCCUGUGUCCGUGUGCCCACCACUGACCCGUGCUGUGUCCAGGAGCCGUGUCCGUGUGUCCCUCUGUCCACAUACCCACCCCUGACCCGUGCUGUGUCCAGGAGCCGUGUCCGUGUGUCCCUGUGUCCGUGUGCCCACCCCUGACCCGUGCUGUGUCCAGGAGCUGUGUCCGUGUGUCCCUGUGUCCAUACACCCACCCCUGACCCGUGCUGUGUCCAGGAGCCGUGUCCGUGUGUCCCUCUGUCCACAUGCCCACCCCUGACCCGUGCUGUGUCCAGGAGCCGUGUCCGUGUGUCCCUCUGUCCGCGUGCCCACCCCUGACCCCCCUCUCUCCCCGCAGCGAGGAGAAGGCCGAGGAGAACCUGCAGCGGCCGCCCAAGGCCAAGAAGGUGAAGAAGGAGCGGAAGGAGCCGGAGCCGGCGCAGCCCGCGGCCGAGCCCGCCGAGGCCGGCAAGGCCGAGAGCUCGGAGGGGGCCGGGGCGGCCCCCGCGGCCCCCGAGGCGUCGGCGUCGCCCAAGCAGCGCCGCUCCAUCAUCCGCGACCGCGGGCCCAUGUACGACGACCCCACGCUGCCCGAGGGCUGGACCCGCAAGCUCAAGCAGCGCAAGUCGGGGCGCUCGGCCGGCAAGUACGACGUCUACCUGAUCAACCCGCAGGGAAAAGCCUUCCGCUCCAAGGUGGAGCUGAUCGCCUACUUCGAGAAGGUGGGGGACACGUCGCUGGACCCCAACGACUUCGACUUCACGGUGACGGGGCGCGGGAGCCCCUCGCGCCGCGAGCAGCGACCCCCCAAGAAACCCAAAUCGCCCAAGGGCCCCGGGACGGGCCGCGGCCGGGGGCGGCCCAAGGGCAGCGGCGGCUCCCGGCCCAAGGCGGCGGCAGCGGCGGUGGCGGCGGCUCCGGUGGCCGAAGGGGGGGGCGGCCAAGCCAAGCGGGCGCUGGAGAAGCCCCCCGGGAAGCUGCUGGUGAAGAUGCCGUUCUCGCCGGGGCAGCCGGGCCCCGCCGCCCCCCCGGCCCCGCGGCGGCCGGGCCGUAAGCGCCGCGCCGAGCCCGACAGCCCGGCCGCGCCCAAGAAACGCGGCCGCAAACCCGCGGGCGCCGCGGGGCCGGGGGGGCCCGGCGGCCCCGACAAGAAGGCGGCGACCCCCCCCGCCGUGCAGGAGACGGUGCUGCCCAUCAAGAAGAGGAAGACGAGGGAGACGACGGCAGCGCUGGAGUCGGCCGCGGCGGCUUCGGCCACGGCGGCUUCGGCGCGACCCCCCCCGACCCCCCCCGGGCCGCGGGGUCCCCGCAGCGCCCGCAGCCCCGGCCGGCGCAGCAAGGAGGGGAGUCCCAAGGGCCGCGGGGCCCCCCCGGCGCCGCCCCCCCCUCCGACGCCGCCCCCGCCGCCGCCGCCCCCCGAGCCCCCCAAGGACAGCGCCAGCGCCGCCCCCCCCCCGGCGCCGCCCCCGCCGCCGCCCCCCCAGGACUUGAGCGGGACGGGGUGCGCGGAGCAGAGGGGGGGCCCCGCGGCCCCCGACGGCUGCGCCAAGGAGCCCCCUAAGACUCAGCCCCCCCCGCCGCCACCGCCGCCCCCCCCGGCGCCCUACAAACACCGAGGGGAGCCCGAGCACAAAGACUCUGCCUCCUCCUCCUCCUCCUCCUCCUCCUCCUCCUCCUCUUCCUCCUCCUCGUCCUCCUCGUCCUCGUCGGCGCCGCCCCCCCCCAGCGCGGCCGUGCCGCGGCCCCCCCCGGCCCGCGACGAGCCCGUCGACACGCGGACGCCUGUGCCCGAGCGGGUCAGCUGACUGUGACGUCGCCGCACGGACGGACGGACCGACGGACGCACGGACGGGCCCCCCCCCGGCCCCUCCCCCCCCGAGGGCAGCGCGGCCCCCCCAUCCCACCCCCGACCGCCCCCCCCCCCCAGUUUUUAUUACCGACAAGCACAGCGAGGGCCGCGGGACCCCCCACUUUGCACUUUGGGCUCUGAAAAGGGGGGUGGGGGGGUUUCAUCUGGGCCCCCCCGAGGCCGGGCAGGGGGUGUGGGGUGGUUGGGGGGGGGGGUCGGGGGUCACGUCUUCCCCCCCCCUCCCGGCGCCGCUUUUCUCGUUCUUCCAGUUCCGAUCCGCGUUUUCCGCCCGUGGGAACCA